AACACAAUCCAAAAGGGAAAUGCUCUUCAUAGCAAGCUCUCAUCCCUCCCCUCUCCCUCUCCCUCUCCCUCUCCCUCCCCUCUCCAAAUUCAAAACCCACCACCAAACCAACCAACUCCACGCCCACCUCAUCACCACUGGCCUCACCCGCAACCCUUCUCUCUCCUCCAACCUCAUCCUCUCUCUCCUCUCCUCCCCCCUCUCCCCCCAUCCCCACCUCGCCCAUCGCCUCUUCUUCUCCUCUCUCUCGACCCAAACAACCCACCCGCAAUUCCUCUUCAACGCCAUCCUCAAAUCCCUCUCCCCCCUCGACUCCAUCCUCACCUUCUCCUUGAUGCUCUCUCACAACGUACCCCCCAACAAGUUCACACUCUCCAUCAUCCUCAAAGCCUGCUCUAAAUCAAACUCCUUCGAACAAGGGGCCAUGAUUCAUUCGUUCGUAAUAAAGUCUGGGUUGGGUUCCAACAUCUAUUUGCACAACGCCCUGGUUGCGUUCUACGCGAAAUGCGGGUGUUUGGAGAUUGCCCGCCAAGUGUUUGAUAGAAUUGGUGUCAAGGAUUCGGUGUCGUGGAAUUCGAUGAUUGAUGGGUAUUUGAAGAGUGGGAGGUUGGAGAUCGCGAAGGGGAUUUUCGAUGGGAUGAGGGAUGGGGACCGGAAUUUGGUGACGUGGAAUACGAUGAUUGGUGGGUAUUUGUUGUUUCGCGGAGAUUCGCGGAUUGGGCUUGCGAGAGAAAUGUUUGAUCGAAUGCCUGAGAGGGAUUCGGUUUCUUGGAAUUUGAUGAUUGAUGGGUAUGCAAAGUGUCGUAGGAUGAAUGAUGCACUUGAAUUAUUUGAGAAAAUGCCCCAAAAAAAUGUGAUUUCUUGGGCUACUGUGAUUGCUGGUUACAUGGAUAUUGGAUCGAUCGAUAAGGCUCUGAUAUUGUUUGAGGAAAUGCCUGAGAGAGAUGUGGUUGCUUGGAACAUAAUGUUGGCAGGUUAUGUCAAAAACGGUAAAUUUAUCGAAGCAUUGCAUCUCUUUAAUGAAAUGGGGAAACUCAGCAGCCUGGCCCCUGAUUGCACAACCCUGGCUAUUGUUCUCUCAGCUAUAUCAGAAUUGGGACGAAUACAAGACGGGAUUGCUGUUCACAAGUAUAUUAAACGAAACCGCUUGCCUUUAAAUGGAAAACUAAGUGUUGGUCUUAUCGACAUGUACUCAAAAUGUGGAAGGCUAGAGGAAGCUCUACAAGUGUUUGCGAUAUGUAGAACAAGCAUCGACCAAUGGAAUGCGAUGAUUUGUGGACUGGCAAUCCACGGAUAUGGAAAAUUGGCUCUCAAGCUUUUCUAUGAGAUGGAGAGGCUUUCUUUGAAGCCUGAUGAUAUCACAUUCAUUGGUGUUCUCAAUGCCUGUAGCCAUUCGGGAUUGGUUAACGAGGGCUUGAUGUGUUUCGAUAUAAUUAGGGGAAAAUAUCGCCUGGAACCAAAAAUGCAACAUUAUGGAUGCAUCGUUGAUAUCCUAGGUCGAGCAGGGAGGUUAGAAGAAGCAUGGGGACUGAUCGAAGAGAUGCCAUUCGAGCCAAAUGAUGUGAUAUGGAAAUCUUUGUUGAGUUCUUGUAGAAAAUAUGGAGAUUUUGACAUGGGCUUGAAAAUUGCUAGGGUUUUAACUGAGAGGAGCUCUUGUAGUUCUAGUUCAUAUUUGUUAUUAUCACAUGUCUAUGCUGAGAUCGGGAUGUGGAGAGAAGCAAGAAAUGUGAGGAUGAUGAUGAAGGAGAGGGAUAUGAUCAAGGUUCCAGGAUGCAGUUGGAUUGAACUUGAUGGUGUUAUGUAUGAAUUUGUUGUGGGAGAUAAUUCUCAUCCUAGCGCAAAAGAAGCAUAUUCUAUGUUGGAGCAUUUGUGUAAAUUUGAAUUGUAUGAUUCACACUCUAUGUACAGUAUACAACAACGUUGACAUAUAUAACAUGAUAUUCUUUCAU